CAAAGUCUUGCCGGAUACAAACGGCAAGGAGGAUCCAUCUCAGUCCGAGAACAAAACGCGUUUGCCGGCUCGGGUGGGGAACUGAAGCAUUUGAGAAUGGAAAAAGACUUCCGCUACUACUUCCAGCAUCCCUGGUCUCGCUUAAUUGUGGCCUACCUAGUGAUCUUCUUUAAUUUUUUAAUAUUUGCUGAGGAUCCAGUAUCCCACAGCCGAACGGAAGCAAAUGUCAUUGUUGUUGGAAACUGCUUUUCCUUCAUAGCAAAUAAAUACCCUGACGGAGGUGGUUGGAAGUUUUUAAAAGUGUCCUUGUGGCUACUUGCCAUCCUCACGGGGCUUAUAACUGGCAAGUUUCUUUUCCAUCAGCGUCUGUUUGGUCAAUUACUACGGUUGAAAAUGUUUCGAGAGGAUCAUGGGUCUUGGAUGACAAUGUUCUUCAGCACCAUACUUUUUCUCUUCAUCUUUUCUCACAUCUACAAUUUAUGUCUUCUUAUGGCAGGUAACAUGAGGGCAUACUUUGUGUCAGACUUCAUGGGCAUCAGGAAUGAAAAUUUUAUGAAAGUAGCGGCAGUGGGGACCUGGAUGGGAGACUUUGUCACAGCCUGGAUGGUCACCGAUAUGAUGCUUCAGGACAAGCCUUACCCUGACUGGGGAAAAUCUGCCAGGGCUUUCUGGAAAAAGGGGAACAUUAGGAUCAUUUUAUUCUGGACUGUUUUAUUUACUUUGACCUCAGUGGUUGUGCUGGUUAUCACAACAGACUGGAUAAGCUGGGACAAGUUGAAUCGUGGAUUUCUGCCCAGUGAUGAGGUUUCAAGAGCCUUCCUGGCUUCCUUCAUCUUAGUUUUUGACCUUCUUAUUGUCAUGCAGGACUGGGAAUUUCCACAUUUUAUGGGUGAUGUUGAUGUGAAUCUUCCAGGCUUGCCUGCUGCACAUUUUCAGUUCAGACUGCCUUAUUUGAAAACUAUUUUAAAGGAGGAGUAUCACAUACAUAUUACAGGCAAAUGGUUUAAUUAUGGGAUUAUAUUUCUUGUUUUAAUCUUGGAUCUGAAUAUGUGGAAGAAUCAAAUAUUCUACAAGCCACAUGAAUACGGUCAAUAUAUUGGUCCUGGACAGAAAAUUUAUACUGUGGAAGAUUUAGAAAGCUUAAAGGACCUCAACAGAACCAAACUUUCUUGGGAGUGGCGGUCAAACAACACUAACCCUUUGACCAACAGGACCUAUGCUGAAGAUGACAUGUUUCUGCAUAGCCGAUAUAUUGGUGCAAGCCUAGAUGUUAAAUGCUUGGCCUUCAUUCCAUCUUUAUUAGCAUUUGUUUUGUUUGGAUUCUUCAUCUGGUUCUUUGGACGUUUUCAAAAAACUGAUCAAGGCAUGGAAAAUCUUGACAAAUCAUAUACACGAAUGAAAAGGAAAUCACCAUCUGAUGUGGGAAUGACACGAGAGAACACACAAGUUUUAGCUGAGGAGCCUUUAAGCUCUGAAGAUCCCCAUUUGAUAUCUAUCAAGUCUGACUUGAGUGAGAUUGUCUUUAAUUCCUCACUUUUAACAUCUGAAAAUCUUAGCUCUCAUCUAGAUGAUCAGCCAAGUCCAUUGCAACCAAUAAGGGAGCCCUCUGUACCAAAGAAUGAUACUUUACCUAAUAAGUAACAAUAUCCCUCUUGAAAAUAUCAAAACAAAGAAAUAUUGUGAGAUUUCACUGAGGUUUUUUGUAAGUGACAUUUCGCAUAGCCUUUAGAACAGGAGAAAUACACCAAUGGUGCUCAACAUGCUUUUUUCUAUGGCAUUGUUUUCUAUUUACAUUAUAAUGACUUUGCCUACUGUAUUAUAGUAAACAUUCCUUUAUAGAUUGCUUCUAAAAACUGCAAUAGUGAACUAGAUGAUUACUUGCAGGUAUGAAAUGCUACUUUGGUGGUGCCUUCAAACAUUUAAUUCAAGCAUAUAGGAAAGAGAUCUGGGUCUCCUUAUUAGGUAUUUCAAAUGUUGUUUCAACCAAAAUGAUUUAGAACUUGGCCAGAGAGUAUUUUGCCCUUUGUCCGAACACGAUAGUCUCAUUCCAGGACCUCUUUCCUCAUCUUUAGAUAAUAAGACAUUGUGCAGUAGCAGAGUAGACUGUUUUCUGUAGUGAUGGAGGAACCUAUGGAAGAUGCCAUUCAUCCAGCAGACUAUAGAAUCUCACUGGAUGGGGUGGGGUUUGAAGCACAACAAUGGUGUAAAUUGUUAAUCAGUGAAAGGUUUCCAAUAAACAACAGCGACACGGACUUUAUGUUAUUGAUUUAUAGAGUGAUUGACUUUGGUAGCUGAAUUCUAAAGCUAAGGCAGAUUCAUAACUCUGUAGUAUCAUAGUGGUAAUGUAACAUGGCUUACAAACAUGGCUUUCUCCACGGGUAAUUGGAAGUAGGUAAUGAUAACUGAUUAGGUUAUUUUCAUAACUAAAGCCAAAAUAUGACUUGAUUACAGAAAAAACCUUUCCCUUUUUAGGAGAAAGAGGAUAAAAACAGUACUUGUGGAACAGCUGGAUGUUCAGAUGGAACCUAUACAGUGCCAAUGGCCUUAAAAUUGGGGAUAUUAGGGAUAAUAGGAUCCCCUCUUUGAGGUAUCUGUUAUGCAGUAUAAAUAUGGAUUAGAAAGUAAGACUUGGGCAAAUGGGCUAUAGCCAUGAGUUGCAAACAGAAGUGAAUGCAUGAAAUAGAACGGCAAGUACUGUGUUUUC